AUUACCAUUAGGGAUUUCAUGUCAGCUCGAACUUUGAUUUUAAAGCAAUGGACCCGUCAUCCGGUUUCGAGCGUAAUUGAAUAGUCCUACUUCCAAGUUCUUUCCUAAAAUCGUCUUUGGUCUUCUCUUCUUUGGGGUGACUCCUACUUCGACAUGAAUCAUCUUCAGCUUUGAAUAGGAUAUCAAUUCCAAGGUGUAACGGUUUACUCUCUGGAGAUCAUAUUGCAUGCUUGUCCGACAAGCCAUUUUUCCCAAGGCGAAAUCCUUCUCGCGACACGCUGGGAAACGAUACGCCUCUUUGUUACUCAUUUCCAGUAUCAUUCUGUCAAGGGACAUCUCUGAUAGAAAAUCUGGCCCAAGGCUUUAUCCGACUCGCACUCCUAAGCUUUCAUCAUUCACGCGGAUCCUGAAAGUAAUGAGAGCAGACAUCUUACUAGAUGCUAGGCCCUGGACCAUUGAACUUGACCCCGAUCAAUAUCCCGAACCGAGGCCUUCGCGGCUCUCACUGCCGGAAGAACCGCAACCUGAACGAGAACCUUCCUGGAUGCUAUGUCUCCGGAUCGAAGGAGCAAUGGUCAUUAAUCUUCUAAGUCGUUCGUUGGUCAACGGUCGAAGGGGUGCCACUUCAUCGACUGUAUUGUGUUCGGAGAAUGUUUACGUGUAUGUCAGUGACAUAAAAGAACUAGCGUAUUAGAAGGAUCUGAAGGUGGUCACGUAGAGUUCGCCAUUUCUGCUACGAUGUAUUGCGUUCUGAGAUGCUCCACUGAGGGUUUCCGAACCGUUAAUUCAUGCACAAAUCACAAUUCAGCUUUCUUUAGAACUUCCGAAGAACCGUGACGACCGGGACCGAAUUGGCGUAGUAUCGUGUUCGGUAUGUUGACAGACGAAACAUGGAAGUACUAUA